CCCCACUCCGCCGUCCGGCCAUCCCCUCCCCGCGCCACCUGCCCCUCGCGUAUAUAAGCGGCGAGCGCCCCCUCCAGCGGCAUUGCUUCGCUCGUAGCUGCCCGCUGAGGUCGCCAACGCUGUGUUGCUUCCUGCGAGAGUGUGCCGCGAGCGUGUGUGUUGUUUUCCUCUGCGCUCACGUUGACAGUGUUUUGGGUUGACGAUUUCGAGUGUGCCACGAUGAUCCACGACGGUGUCAUGACGUCAGUCGACAUUGAACAGUUGCAGCCGAUCUCCAGGACUUACCAAUACCGAAAGGUGAUGAAGCCCAUGCUGGAGCGCAAGCGCCGAGCCCGCAUCAACCGCUGCCUGGACGAGCUGAAGGAGCUGAUGGUGUCUGCGCUGGCGGCGGAGGGCGAGAACGUGGCGAAGCUGGAGAAGGCCGACAUCCUGGAGCUGACGGUCCGCCACCUGCACCGCUUGCGCCGCCAGCAGCGCCUGUCGCUGAACCCCGUGACAGACGCCGACCGUUUCCGAGCCGGGUUCACCCACUGCGCCACCGAAGUGUCCCGCUGCCUCGCCGCCACCCCCGGCGUGGACGUGGCGCUGGGCACCAAGCUCAUGACGCACCUGGGUCACCGGCUCAACGACAUGGACAAGCUGCUGCCUUUGAGCGUGCAAGUGGGCGGAGCGGUGGCGGGCGGGCACACGCCCCCCGGCUCGCCCGCGGGCUCCUCGCCCGCGCCCUCGCCCGCGCCCAGCACCAGCAGCUGCUGCGACGACAGCGGCAGCAGCGGGUCGCCUUCGCCCUCGCCCGCGCCCGCUGCCCACGCGCAGUACGCCAUGCCGCUCACGCCCGCCUCCAGCCGGUCGUGCGCCUCGCCCCCGCUCGCCUCCGCCACCGCCGCCCCGGCCAGCCCCGCCGCCACCGUCCCCGGGUGCGGGGGCGGCCUGCUCAAGGUGGUGGACACCGCGGCCCCCGCCGGCAAACGCGAGAACGUCUGGCGGCCGUGGUGA